AUUUUGUUGUGCGGCUUUGCUUCCGACGGGAUCGCCGGAGCAAAAAUCCCAACACGGUACUUGAAGAUAAGCCGUGGAAGAAGCAUAGAAAUGAAUUCAUCCAUGAUGCUCCGUCGUUUCUUCUGCUUCAACGCCGCAUCAACGCCGGCAGCCUCUUCCGCCUCUACUUCCAAGAAGAAACCACUUGUCUUCUUGGGCUCUCCUCAGGUGUCUGCCACGGUCCUAGAUGCUCUUUUCAAUGCAGCUGCUGCUCCAAACUCCUCUUUUGAGGUUGCGGCAAUCGUUACUCAACCAUCUUCUAGAAGAGAUAGGGGUAGAAAGGUGAUGCCUUCACCUGUGGCUGAAUAUGCCCUGGAUCGAGGUUUCCCUUCUGAUCUCAUUUUCACUCCUGAACGUGCCCGAGAUGAAACCUUCUUGUCUAGUAUGAGAACUUUGCAGCCUGAACUUUGCAUAACAGCAGCAUAUGGGAAUAUAUUACCUAACAAGUUUCUGAAUAUUCCACCAUUAGGGACAGUUAAUAUACAUCCAAGUUUACUUCCAUUAUAUCGUGGUGCUGCUCCUGUUCAAAGAGCAUUGCAGGAUGGUGUUAAAGAAACUGGAGUAUCAUUAGCAUUCACUGUGCGUGCUCUAGAUGCUGGACCUGUCAUUGCUUGUGAAAGAUUAAAAGUUGAUGAUGAGAUUAAGGCACCAGAACUACUUGCAUUACUUUUUUCUCAAGGUUCUAAACUUCUAAUUCGUGAGCUUCCCUCCAUUUUUAAUGGAUCAGCCAAGGAAAAAGCAGAACCUCAAGAUGAUUCUAAAGCUACCUUAGCUCCGAAGAUAACUCCUGAAGAGUCAUGGUUACCAUUUGAUCAAGAAGCUUCAGUCCUACAUAAUAAGGUUUGUGCAUUUGCAGGAUGGCCAGGAACCCGAGCUAAAGUUAUAGUUAUUGAUGAUAAAAAUAGCAGCUGCAAUAUCUUAGAACUCAAAAUAGUCACAACUAGAGUAUGCUCUGAUGGCAAUAUUCAUCGCAAUGAAGCAGAUGACAUUGUUUUUAUGGAAGGUGCUUUGGUAUUCCCCUGUGGAGGGUGCACAGAGCUUGAGGUAUUGGAGGUUCAGCUUCCUGGUAAGAAGGUGGUGAGUGCAGCGGCCUUCUGGAAUGGAUUGCGAGGUCAAAAGCUGAAGACUAUGACAAUGGAGACAUCUCAUAUGACAGCAUGAAAUGUUGAUCACGUCUAAAUUGAUGAUAUUCCCUUUUUGUCACCUAGAAAUGCUUGUAUUUCCAUGCACCAUACAUGCAUUUGCUCGCUUAGCCGUUCAUCCUUGCUCUAGGUAAAUUUGUAACCCUACCAAAGAAUGAAUGAUUGAUCAUGUAUCAGUUGAAACUCGAACAUGGCAACCAAUGUUAGAUCUCAUGACUCUACAAACCGUGAUCUCUGUUAACCAAAAUUGGUAUUAUUCUGAUCUAUCCAAUGGCCAAAACUACUUUAUCAAAAAAAAAAAGAACCUUUUUCC